AUGUGUGACGUCAUAUUCCAGGGACGAAGUGGUCUGAGGACAUGAAUUGUUGAGCGACCGAUGUUGGUUUUAUAAACGUCCAGUGAUUAAUCUGACGCAAUAUUUUUCACAAUGUUUCCUUGUAAUCGGAGCUUGACCAGCACUAUGAUCUCUGCUCUCCGGGUUAUUCGCAGUAACCGAGUUGUUGUUUCUGGGCAGCUGCAGAGAUGUCUGUCCACCCAAACGGACGGAGAAGUCCGCAUCGCGAAGAUACUGAGGGAGAAGUUCCCGUCAGCCUCAUCGCUCAAAGUUGUGGAUAUAUCAGGUGGUUGUGGGGCCAUGUACGAGAUCCAUAUAGAGUCCAGUGAGUUCAAAGGAAAAAGGACUGUUCAGCAACACCAACUAGUCAAUCAGGCACUCAAGGAUGAGAUUCAAGGAAUGCAUGGACUACGAAUAUUUACUGAAAUCCCAAAACACUAGAGAAAAUCUGUCCAAUGUCAUCACACGACCUUUUCCUUUGUUCAAACUAUCUAUUAUGAAUGUACAGUUGUAAAGAGGAUAUUGUGUCAUGAAUGGAUUUCAUGAGAAUUUUGCAUAUGCCAAUGGCGGAAAUGCAGAGGGACAUCAUCUGUGGCAGUUACACAGUGACAGUGUAAAAUGUGUGAUGCAGGUAAGAUUACACUAAGUUAGUGAGAUAUCUUCAACUCUGAGGUAAUGUAUAAAAAGGCUAUGAUACGCACACAAUGACUUGGUAAAAUGUCAAGUCCUGUAGGUUUCUUCCCAAUUUGGGGGUCUUCUCAGGGUUGGUAGCAAUGCUGGUGUAAUAAUAAGCUGUCCAGAAAAUAAUGAAUACAGUCAGGACGGAUAGUGGAGAACAACUACAGACCCUUUUAGAAAAUGUGAAUAAAACAGUCUUUCUAUGGA